AUGAACACAAGAACAAGAUGCUUACUGGUUUCUCUAGCUCUUGUACUAGCUGUUCAAGCUCAAGAUCAAUCAGGUUUUAUAAGCUUGGAUUGUGGAUUACCAGCAAACUCAAGAUACAAAGAAUCAAAGACAAACAUAAACUACAUGUCAGAUGCAGCUUACAUAAACAGUGGUGAAAGCCAGAGCAUAAACUCAACAUUCAAAAGCUUAUUUGAUAGACAACUACAGUCCCUUAGAAGCUUUCCUCAAGGCAUCAGGAACUGCUACAAUAUUAGCAAUAUUAUCAGUGAAAGGAAGUACUUGAUUCGAGCAAGCUUCUUGUAUGGAAAUUAUGAUGGGUUGAGUAGCUUACCAAUCUUUGAACUCUACUUUGGAGAUAGCUUGUGGGUUAAAGUGGAGAAUUUGUUUGAAUAUGUUGAGACCUACAAAGAAAUUAUACAUAUUCCAUCAGCAAAUAGAGUGCAAAUCUGUUUGAUUAAUACAGGAAAUGGAACACCUUUCAUCUCUGCUUUGGAGUUUAGACCUUUACCUCAUGAAUCUUACCCAAUUCAGUUUGGAUCCUUCUUGAAUUUUGUUCGUUUGGACAUGGGGUCAGUAACGAAUGUAUCAUACAGGUACCCUUACGAUGUUUUCGAUCGAAUUUGGAGUCCUUUCAAUGGCCAGAACUUCAGACAAUUAAAUACCUCUCAUACUAUAGAUGCCAAGGACCACACCCUGCAUCAUCCAGCAGCCAUUGUCAUGGGAACUGCCAUAACCCCAAAGAAUGCAACUCAAUCUAUUGAACUUUGGUGGGAAUCAGAUGAUGAAAAUACUCAGUAUUAUAUAUAUCUUCACUUUGCUGAGUUAGUAGAGCUUCAACCUAAACAAUUCAGAGGCUUCAACAUCAGUCAUAAUGGGGAAUAUUGGAGUGGACCUAUUGUUCCUGAUUACUUGUAUACAAGCAGCAUUUAUAGCACUAAACCAUUGGGAUUCCCUCAAAAGCAACACAAAUUUUCAUUCUUUCGAACUGAGAAUUCAACACUUCCUCCAAUCAUCAAUGGAUUAGAAGUUUAUUACCAAAUUCAAGUCUCAGAAUUAGAAUCAGAUCAAGGAGAUGUGGAUGCAAUGAGGAAAAUAAAGUCAAUUUAUGGAGUGAUGAAAGAUUGGGAAGGAGAUCCAUGUAUCCCCAGAGCAUAUCCUUGGAGUGGUGUAGGUUGUACCAAUGAGUCAAUCCCAAGAAUCACAUCACUGAACUUGUCAUCAAGUGGUUUGACAGGUGACAUAUCUCCUGAUAUCUCUGAUCUAACAGCCUUAGAAACUCUGGACUUGUCAAACAACAGUUUAACAGGAGAACUGCCAGAUGCUCUAUCAAAACUGUCAAACCUCAAAGUUCUAAACUUGGAGAACAACAAUCUCUCAUGUCCACUUCCACCUGAACUCAUAAGAAGAUUCAAUGAUAGCUCACUAUCAUUACGCAUGAAAGGUAAUCCAAAUCUAGAAGCAAAUUCUUUAGUUCAAUGCACUGGAAAGCAGGAAGAGGAGAAACAUAAGGAGAAGAACAAGUUCAUCAUUCCAGUAGUAGCAUCGGUCGGAGGCGUGCUUGCCAUUGCCGCCAUUGCAGGGGCUGUCUUUUGUAUAGCUAGAACUAAAAGGAAAGAACAAGAUAAAGAGGUCUUGGAGGUUGGUAGCAGUUCAUUGGAAACUAGAAGGCAGCAGUUUACUUAUUCUGAAGUUGUGAAAAUGACCAACAAUUUUGAGAAGAUUCUUGGUAGAGGUAGCUUUGGAGCGGUUUACAAUGGGUUGGUUGAUGAUAUUCAAGUGGCUGUGAAGAUGGUAGCUCCAUCAGCAAUACAAGGCAACGAUCAAUUUAAAGCAGAGGAAUGCUACUUUUUCAUGCAGGUUACCACACUUCUUAGUGUUCACCACAGGAACUUGACAAGCCUUGUAGGGUACUUGAACGAAGGAACUCACCUUGGCCUCGUUUAUGAGUAUAUGGCCAACGGGAGCUUAGGACAGUGCCUUUCUGAGAUGGGUUCAGGAGUCAUGAGUUGGGAAGAUAGACUACGAAUAGCUAUGGAUGCAGCUGAAGGUGUGAUCAGUUUUCAUUCAAACAUCUUCACAAACGGUGUAAUAGAUCAAGCUCACCGCUAG